AUGCCUGCGGCCUCGCCAGGCAUGUCACAGACCUCGUCACAAACCUUCCCAGGCACUCCCGCCGUGUGUUUGCAAUCCCUGAGCAGCUUUACCUAUCGCCAAUCGCGUUACAUCGCAUACCUUGCCGGCUCACAACUCAACAUCCUCUCUUCUCCGAACACCCUCGUCCAAGCUGUCCCGUUCAAGAGCACUCUGCUGUCUGUGAUAGCAGAAAGUGAUAAUGGACGACUCGUAGUCGCUACCAGGGACGAAGUCUUCGUAUUGAAGCCUGAAAUAGAAGGAUGGUCACGGGUUUGGUGGGAGACAUCGUUGCUAUUGAAACGCGAAGAUGCAGGUGAUACAGCGCAGUGGCUCUGCUGGGGCGAUGAUGGCGAAGUCUUGGUCGGUGGCACUCAUGCGCUGUCUCUUUUUUCGAGCUUGCCCUCCUCGCGGGUCAGCUCAUCUGCAAAUGUCGCCCUCUGUGGAGGUCGCGUCGAGACACGACAUCCGAUGUGGGCCAUACUUGUAGCGUCGCCUGUUCUAUUUGCCGAAUUCAGCCCAAGUGCGACGCUCAUUGCAACAUGUGCAUCUUACGAUCGGUUGGUGAAGAUUUGGCGUCGAUUGUCAUUUGAAGAAGGAUUGUUCGACUACACAUAUCUACCUCAUCCGGCCAUUGUCACUCACAUAAGUUGGCGUCCACUGGAGGAUGGCUUGGAAGAGCGAAGAAGCAGUGGUCUGAGCUGGAGGCAUGAUGAAAACCCAGAGGUUCUGUACACACUUGCAGUUGAUGGAGUCUUGCGAAUAUGGCGUACUGGUGGCACGCAUGAUUCAGAUAUCCUAAAGCUCUUCACGGCUAUCAAUCUCGUCUCUGCAAUACCUCAAUCACCAAGCCUGUCGAGCUCUGCUACGAUAACACCACGUUAUAUGUUCUUCAUACCUUCAAAUCAAUUUAGCGCAGCAGUCAAUGCGUCCAUCGGUCUUCCACAAAGCAACGAAGCAAGUCAUUCAAUUGAGCAUCUGAAAGAAAUUGCGUCGCAAACGCCAGACAUCAUCGUCACACUCGACGGACAAGGGCACAUGUCUGCUUGGGGGAUCCAAAGUAUCGGCCACAAGCGUCGAUCACAGGAAGCAAGAUUCGAUCAGCCAUACCAUAUUGCGCACGCAGAGGGCUUACCGAUCAAGCUGAUGAAAGGCGUCCCCAUGAUGUUUACCAACUGGUUUCAACAUGAUCGACUGCAGCUGUUAUGCCACGAGAUAUCCAAACAUGGGAGCAUCACCUGGUGGGAAGGCGGCAUCGAGACAUUCAUGUCUCCUUCAGCGACAGGAUCAGAACGGCUUCAGCUCCGCGGAAAGUGGUGCGGUCACGACCGCAGGAUAGACGGAAUACAGAGCACCCCAAAUUCUGUUGUGACUCGCGCUGAUCGCGAUGCUGCCAGAUGGGUAGUGUCUUCGUGGGGUGUUUGGGAUUGUGUCACUCGUGUGACGGCACAGUCUACAAUCAUAGACGCCACGUUUCUGGAAAGGUGCGAUAUGCUGCUGACCGUACACGCUUCCGAGUACGCCAUCUGGGACAAAGAAGGCCGACAAAUCGCCGUAGCCGCGCACGCGACUGAUAGGGGAGCCGGCGUCAUACAUGUAACGGAAUCGAAUGCGAAGAUGGUGACUGGCUUCUUUGUCCAGACCGUCCCUGGACCGUUGACUCAAUGGACUGUAAGGAGAUGGGCAGGCACGAUUGACUCGAAGUGUUCGUUGGAAGUAAAUGGCGGCGAAAAAUCGGAAAGGCUUGCAGAACAUUUCAUCCUACCACUACGGAGUACAACGCCCACGAAGACACUAGAUAUCGCUAGCAUCUCCCGAGAUGGACUUUAUCGAAAAGUGCUCAACGCCGAUGGCAUACAUUCCCUCCCUCAAGACGCUGUCAAAUUCGCAACCGGUGUCGACCAUAUCUCCGCUUUUGCUGCCAGUGAUUCCAUAAUUGCAUUGGCCGCAAGCGAGAGCAAGGAGCUGAGGGUUCUAAACGCCAACGAUAGCUACGUAGAAUUUAAGCAACAGACGGACGAAGAAGUCUCCUCGCUGGUCAUAUAUAACGGAGAAGAAGACAUCCCUAUCAUUGCAGUCGGAUAUGCACACAAAAUAGAGAUCUUGGUGCGACGUCAAUACGCCCCAAGCUCUUCAGACUUUUCAUCGUGGAUGAUUGCGAAAACAAUAUCCAUCGCAAACAAGGGACUGAAGAUCGAAGAUCUGGCUUGGGCAUCACGAUUCCAACUUGCAUUCACAGCUGGGAACAAUUUAUUCUUCGUCAACACCGAUGUGAUCUCUGCAGAGCUCCCUCAGGAUUCACAAGAGAGGAUAAGAGCCGCUACAAGCGAAGCAGCCGCUGUGGAUUUGCAUCACACUGCUCAUUUACUGCAAGCAACCCUUCCACAAUGGAGUCCCCUUUAUCUCUCGACAUUACUUCGACGCGGAGAUUUUCACUUUGUGGCCGACAUACUGAUCGAAUUGGCGACCAAACUCAAAUUCUGGAGUAGUGGUGAUGAACUCAGACUUGAUAUCAAAGAGACGUUCGUGACACAAGCAUACCGCAAGCCAACUUCCACGCUUGUGCUAAGCGAAGACGUAUUCGACGAUCUUCGUGACCUUCUCGCCGAAAAAGAGCUUCCAUAUAUUACAAGAGCCGAGCAGCAGGACCUCCAAACCUUCAUCAACACUAUGGCCUACUUGAGGCAACAUGUCAAUGCUUUAGACCGGAAUGCUGUACAUUUUCUCUUCGAAUGGAAAUGGCAGCUGCAACGAUCAAACCCCGACAAUUCCGCAGAAUCCACAUCAUCAUCUCCUCCUCCUCCUCCUCCUCCUCCUCCUCCUCCUCAACCCCCAGUAAUAGACUGGCAAACCAUCGCGACAGUACAUCAAAGCAAUACACAGCAACCUCUGCUUGACAUUCUCGUACUACACUACGAUAAUAAAUUGACGUGGCCGAUUGUCCGCAAUCUAGGCCUAUUGUCCUGGCUCACCGACCAUGCAACUCUCGGGCAGGUUGUCGAGCAGGUGGCACAAUCAGCAUACAAAUCUCAGCAGCCGGCAGAUCCCAUCGAUGCCUCACUAUAUUUUCUCGCUCUACGCAAGAAACCCACAUUGGUCAGCCUGUGGAGAAUCGCAACUUGGCACAAAGAGCAGAAGUCCACCUUGAAUUUCCUCAAGCGUGAUUUCAGCCAAGCAGAUGCUCGAACGGCUGCAAGGAAGAAUGCUUAUGCUUUAAUGGGUAAGAGACGGUUUGAAUAUUCUGCUACCUUUUUCUUGCUUGCAGAUGACCCUCAGUCAGCCGUCAAUGCGCUUGCAGGUCAAUGCGAGGACAUCGCGCUGGCCAUCGCCGUCGCUAGACUCUAUUGCGGUGAUGGAUCAGAUGUGUUGAAACAGCUGAUCGAGAGUCGAUUGCUGCCCAUGGCGCAGCAAGAAGGGAAUAGGUGGCUUUCCAGCUGGUGCCAUUCUGUGCUCAACCAGCGAAAAGAGGCCGCCGAUGUUCUGGUGGCACCUUUAUCAACCGGUCAGAGCAAGAAGCGUUGGCAGCAAGAUCAUCCCGAUGUCAUGACUCUUUACAAGCAAGUGCGGAGCACGCCAAGCGACUACGAGUAUCAAGCUGUGCUCAGGUCAGCCAGAGUUCUGCAGAGAAUGGGUUUGUGGUCAUUAUCCUUGGGGCUCGUAGCGGGUUGGGAAUUCGCGCGUCCUUCAACGGUGGCUGCUACAUCCCAUAGGCAGAAUCUUGGCGCCAAUGGCGUUGAUGAUCAUAUCAAAUCUCCGGAGGCAACAGCUGCGUCUGUGGCAGUACCAACAUCGGCGACAGAUUCGUCCUCGCUGUUGGAUGCAUUCUCGCAGCCGCCGAACGCUAUCGUGUCUGCUGAGGACGAUCAGGCCGCGCGUAAAGCCAAAGCCGCAGAGCUGCUCUUAAAGCUGAAAGCUAAAAAGGACAAAGUCGUGCCGCCAUCCGAUGUUGUGAAGAAACCACCACCAACACAGUUCAAGGAGCCCGAGGCAAAUUCUUUGUUAGAUAGCUUUGGCUUUUAA